AUGGAUGUACAGCGACAGGGAUACCAGAAGAAGAUCAAGGUGAUGGAUUCUAACGCGCCGCACACGCCAAAACAUAGAAGUUACAAACUUUCUGAUACACGUAAAUGGUCGUCGACUAACGCUCUUCCAUCUCCUUUACGGCAAUGUUUAUUUGUUUCUGAUGAAGACAGUUUACAAACAAACAGACCACAACGUUCGUCUUCACCUUUGACUGAACUGGCUGAUAAUGAGGUCGCGGCUAUACUCUCGGCAAAUACAGAGUUUCAGUUCGUUUCGCAAUCGACCCCCAUUGAUAGAUCAGAUUCUGUUGUUCCACAUAUUUCACCAUCCCUUACUAAUAAAACACCUGAAAGCAACUUCGCACUGAACGAGGACGAACAACCCCAGUAUUUCCAGCGCUGCAGCAACCCAGGCAUCCUCGAAUAA